AUGCUGAAAUUGACGCGGCCAAUUUUCGGGCAAAAUAAACUUCUUCUCUCUCGAUUUCUCACAGUCAACAACACAUCUCACUUGAUUUCACUCGAAUUCUCACAAUCUGCAACUCAAUCUCAGUCGAUAUCUCUCGAUCUCCAACAGUCUAGUACUUCGAUCUCUGUCUCAAUCCUUCAUUGUCACUUUUCAUCGAUCUUCAUCCGUGAAGAGCUUGGUGAAACUUCUGUUGAAGUUACGCUCAUGAGAAUAACUGAGUUACAUGUUUUGGCAAGAUGUCGCUUGCCUGUGAUCUUGUGGUGUCAUCCAGGAAGUGGAGAUGUGAUUGCCCGCUCAUCACAACCUUUAUUUGGUUUGAUGAUGAACAUGAGGAGGUAUAUCAAAGUUAUUUUAUGACCAGAUUUUUCAUGAUAAUUUAGUUUCUUAUUUGGGUAGGAGAAAAAGAUACUCGCUUGUUUCAUAUGUGCAAGGUGGUUAAAUAUUGAUACUUUGUUUUGAUCUCAUAGGAAGCUUUAUAUCGUAGAUGCACUUUAAGUAUGUUCUUAGGUUCUUCUCUUUGGCAAAGUCUGCAUUUUUUGUUUUGGACUGUUUUUUUAUUAGUGCGAUUAACAUAGACUUUCAUGUUUUUACGGGAAGCAGCAAAAGAACAAUGAUUGUAGAGGAAUGGGAUUA